AUGACGACCGACAGCGCGACUGCAGUCCGGGCGCCCAGGAACCACCCAGAACUGUUUCUUCCUACGAUAUGGAGCGCGCUUGCGCAAGAGCGAAGACACACUCUGACGGAGUAUGGAGUGCUUGUGCUGACGUCUAUGGCUUUCUUUGAGGACUUCGGAUCGAGCUCUGUCGGCGACGUUCGCGAGGGCGCUCAACAGGCUCGGGCGCUGCUGCGCUCUUCCUCUGUCUACUCUGUGCCCGUGUAUCCCGACCGUCUAGCGAGAUCCCAUGGCGCCAGCAUUACCUUCUGGCAUCUGCCCCGGCGUCGCGCCAUGCAUCCGAUCGCAGAACAUAGAUGCGACGCGACCAAGGAGGACGUCAAGAAAGCUGUUCGCAGUGUUCGCGCGCAGGGCGUGGCGCCUCUGUUCGCUCUGGUGGACAGCGACGGGCGACUCAGGCUGUGCGACCCCUCGCAGAUCAUGCAUGGCCGCAAAAGAUCCAAGCAGCCGAACGAUGUGUACUAUGUGUUUGGCGAUGAAGACAGCAAGAUCUGGGUCAUGAAGAAGUUCAACAGCCACCGAACGUAG